UGGCCGGAGAGCCACAAAAACAACAGCUUUGGCCGAGACCGUGACUUCAGGGCAGGGAACCCGGGGCUCUGGCAGCCAGCCCCCUCCCCAUGGAGGACAGUUUCCUGGAAUCUUUUGGGAGGCUGAGCCUCCGGCAGCAGCAGCCGCCGUCUCGGCCGCCGCCCCCGCGGGGGACACCUCCGCGCCGCCACAGCUUUAGGAAACACCUCUACCUCCUGCGAGGCCUCCCGGGCUCGGGGAAAACCACGCUGGCCAGACAAUUGCAACAUGACUUUCCCAGGGCCCUGAUUUUCAGCACGGAUGAUUUUUUCUUCAGGGAAGAUGGUGCCUAUGAGUUCAAUCCUGACUUCCUGGAGGAAGCUCAUGAAUGGAACCAGAAAAGAGCCAGAAAAGCAAUGAGGAAUGGCAUAUCCCCCAUUAUUAUUGAUAAUACCAACCUCCACGCCUGGGAAAUGAAGCCCUAUGCAGUCAUGGCACUUGAAAAUAACUAUGAAGUUAUAUUCCGAGAACCUGACACUCGCUGGAAAUUCAACGUUCAAGAGUUAGCAAGAAGAAACAUCCAUGGAGUCCCAAGAGAAAAAAUACACCGAAUGAAAGAACGGUAUGAACAUGGUGUUACCUUUCAUAGUGUGCUUCAUGCAGAAAAACCAAGCAGAAUGAACAGAAACCAGGACAGGAAUAAUGCAUUGCCUUCCAAUGGUGCAGGACACUGGAAUACCUACACAGAGGUUCCAAACCGGAGGGCUCAUGGCAGCUUCACAAAUGAGGGAUCCUUUAACAGAAGGGGUGGCUGUCACCAUGGAUAUUAGAGGCCUAUCUUAUAGCCAUUCAAAAUUUUCCUAAAUCAGUUUUUACUUCAAUAUUUGGUAUUCUUUGGUUUUAGUCAGAGCUCUAAUUCCAGUGUAAAUAGUGGAGCCCAAAAGUUUCUGAGAAGUCAUUAUGUUCAUUAUCUUUAACUAGCAUUUGUUAAAGUGCACCUAUAUGCAUGGUCUGAUGCUGGGAAUUCUGCAGAUUCGAUUGAACAAAGUCUCUUUCUCUAGGGAAAGAAUGAAUUUGAAACCGAAACCUGAGAACAUACCCAAGAACAUAAUCAUAGUUAUAUAUGUUCAUAAAUGAAAUAAAGUGUUUAUAUUAUAUAUAAGCUUCAGUACAACUUUCUCUGAAGUAAUCUAUUUAUUUUUUCAAGAAAUUCAUCUCGAUCAGAAAAGUUGGAAAGGUGAGGGAGGAAAAGUGGGAGGCAGGAAAAGUUUUAGCGCCGUUGCUACUUUGAUAGUCUGUGUAUCCACAAAUGUGAGGUGUGCUCCUCUGAUGAUACUGAUUUUCCUUUAAAACUGCUAGAAAGUACCCAUCUAAGGGAACAUGGUUCCUCAAAGUAGACACUUUGGGAAGUUAUUCCUUUAUUUUAAUAUCAUUGUAAAAAUGUCUAAUCCCUAAUAGCUAUAUAAGCCACUGAGGGAAAAUCAGCAUCAUUUAUAAAGUCGUACCUUGUGUUUUAACCACUUUAUUCAAUAGGAUUAAACCUAACUUUUUGCUGUUGUGCUAACAGUGUAAACAAAGUGUCUGUCUUCACAAAACAUUGAUUUUUAAAAGGAAAACCGAUUUCUAAAAUCAUGCCUACAAAUGUGUGUAAUUAGUUGGCAGCCCAAAUAUACGGGAGUACAAGAAAUCAAGCACCCCAGGAUAUAGAUCAUACAGGGAUGUGUAAAAACUAUGCUCAUUAUAUGACGAGCAAUCUUGAUGUUUUAUGUGGCAUUAAGACAAAGUGCUAUCACAAGUCUGGAAUGUCCCUCUUAUACCGAUAAUUAAAAUUAAAUUCCAAAUUUAUGAAUCCAAAUUAAAUUCCAACAGGUUGGAGUCAGAUUAAUUUGGUGUGAUAACACGAUAGACAAGAUCAUGUAGGAUGUAUGCUCUAUUUCUUGUUGGCCAACAGCUUCUUUCUAAUGUUCUGUGAAGUAUUAUUUUAAGUGUCCUAUAUAAAGGUGCUUUUAUGGUUACUGAAAAUUGUAUAUGAUACUGCAUUUAUAU